AAAACAAAACCACGUGUUUUGGCAGUGGUUAAUCAAACGGAAACUAGUUUGUGUAACUUGCAUCUGACGCUAAUGCGAUUUAGAGUCUAAGAUGUCUUCUGAUACUGAUGAAAUGGGGGGUGACACUGAAGAAGAAGUGAUGACGGCGGCAGAAGUUCUAGAAAAACUAGAAGAGGCAUGGUUGAAUGAAAAGUUUUCACCAGAUCUCUUAGAAACUAAAACAGAUUUAGUAGAAUGUAUGUUAGAACAAAUAACAGCCAUGGAAGAGAAUAUACAGAGAGCUAAGAAAGGUGAUUUUAAAAUCAGUAUCCACAGGAUGGAGAUAGAUAGAAUAAGAUAUGUUCUCAGUAGUUAUUUACGAAUACGUUUAAAAAAGAUUGAGGAUUUUACAGCUUAUAUAUUACAUCAAGAAUCUCAAAGAAAAGAAGAAGAUUCUCCGUUAUUAUCACCAGAAGAAUAUAAAUUUGCUAAAGAGUAUCAGACCAGUGUAGAAGGUCAUUUUAACAGUUUAGCCCUUCGACAUAUGCCAGCCAACUCACAAACUCUAGAUCCCAAGCUAACAGUAAUACAGCCAAAUCUAGAUAACUAUAUAUUUUUACGGGUGAAUGAAGACACACAAGGUAUUUUAAUAGAAGAAGAAACAUUAGAUACUGGUGAAGAAAUAGUUGAUUUAGAGAAAGGCGAUCAACACAUCAUGAGGUAUCGUCCGUUAGCCCCACAUGUAGCAUCGUCUGCUGUGUCGUUAAUAUAAUAACAUACACACUUUCAACAUAAUUAGCUGUGAAAAAAAUCAACAUUUUACCAAAUUUUCCAGCUAUUCAACUUUCUAAUACAAAGAUUGGUGUGGAAGGAUAGGAGAUGAACAGAUGUGAAUUUGGGAAAACACUAAUGCAAAUGACGUCACACAAUCUGUAGAUUCCUUAGGCCUGGGAGGGGGGUUGGAUGGCCGAAUUGUUAGCGUGUGCAUGUUGUUUUAUGAGGUCUGUCAUUGAGUCAACUGGUGUGGUUCUGAUUCCCCAUUUGUACUGACAAGGAGUAGCAUCGCCCGUCCAACCUUGUGGGUUUUCUCCGGGUCCCCCGGUUUCCUCCCACUGUUAAAGAUCCCUACGCGCAAGCGAAUUAUUGAAAUAGAAUUAAACCAUAUGUUAGUCCCGAAAUGACCUAGUUUGUGUCGAGUGGAGUUGAACCCCAUUUCUCUCUCUAUCUCUCUCUUCCUUAGAUAGAAAUAAAAAGUGACUGUCGAACCAACCCAUCAAAUCUAGUUUGUGAUCAGAUCAAAUUAAGAUCAAAAAAUUGUUUAAACCAAGGAAUGUCAAUAUUAAAGUCUAACUGUGAAGAGAAUAACUAGAACCGUUCUGGCCUCGAGUUCAUAAAACAUUCUCUAGACUUAAGUUAUGAAUUUGCUCAACUUUCAAUCACUGUUUAUGAGAAAUAUCUUUGAUCUAGAAACACAAAACUUUACACAUAGUUUCUUAUUGAUAUAUUUCAUACAUUAUACCAACAAAAGUUUUAUAAAGGGCUAUAUUGUAGUUAAAAUAAGGUCAACAAUUUUGAGUAAAUUCUUAACUGAAGUCUGAAAAAGCUUUAUGAACUCGGGGUUGGGACAAAUCUGUGAAGUACGCCAUUAUGUAAUUACACAAUUACACCUAGUAAACUGAUUGAAUGCCUAGAAACUAUUAUCAAGUGACAAGUACAAGCAAAUAAAAAUAAGACCGGUUUCUUUACUUCAAUUUGAUAAAUGAAUAUUGUCUGCGUGUAUAUAUCUCUGGUUAUAAAUGACUUAGCAUUAUGUUGUAUAUUAUCAAGCCUGCCGAAAGGGCACCUGUUAAACUUAUAUAUAUAUAUAUAUAUAUAUCCGAAAUAUUAGAACAACCGUAAAGCUGCACUACUUUGUUUCACGGUAAAUGAUGAAAAGAUAAAAGGUAUGCCGAAACAAACUGAUUUCAACACUGGUUUAAUAACAUUUUUAAAGUACUUUUUGUCUGUCUGGGACUAUUCAUAAAUAAUGUCAUUGUAUAAAGAUGAACAGUAUAGUAUAUUUUAAUAUUUAUACAUAUUUACAUAGUAACACUGUGGUUUUAAUUGGCUAUAGUUACCAUAUAUAUAUAUAGAUGUUGAAAUCGUAGUAUUGUUAAUAUAGAAAAAAAUAAAGGUUAAAAAUGCAUAAAGAAAGUACUUUUGUUUAUUUGUCUACAUGUUUUGCUUGAGCUUGUCAAGACAUACAAUAAAUGACAUGACGUCAUUGAAGAAUAAAAGUAUAUAUAUGUCAGGUUGACAAUACUUAGUUAUUAUUGACAUGUUAUUGAACAUAUUAUAAUGUUAGUGAUCACUUUGUAUCCUUGACUUACAAAUUUCCAUUAUUAUUGUCACGUAUAAACAUAUUUCUGUAUAUAAACAAGAGAUUGUAUGAUUGGUUUUGUUUUGUUGUCUGGCAACCCAUGUUUUCAUUACCAUACAAAUAACAUGGAAAUACCCUAGAUAUCUUCCAGGUCUGGUAUGUGAGUGAUCAAAUAAUCUGUGGUCAAUAUCCCCUCUGACUUUAAGCCUACAGUAAACAAAUAUAGCCUAGCUAAUGGCAGUACCAUAACUUAUUAACCUAAUAACCGCUACAUGAACUUCUAUGACCACCAUGUAAACAACAACUGCAGCAGUGACCAGCACUAACACACUGCCAAUAAUAACGACAAACGAUCAGCUAUUUUUCCUUUCUGUCUCUAUUUUAUAUACUGGUAUAUUGAAAAUCUAUCAUUUUCAAUUACAG